AUGGCCCUCAGCGAUGCCGACGUGCAGAAGCAGAUUAAGCACAUGAUGGCUUUUAUUGAACAAGAAGCCAAUGAGAAAGCAGAAGAAAUUGAUGCAAAGGCAGAGGAAGAGUUCAACAUUGAGAAAGGUCGUCUUGUGCAAACCCAAAGACUGAAGAUUAUGGAAUAUUAUGAGAAGAAAGAAAAGCAGAUUGAGCAGCAGAAGAAAAUUCAGAUGUCCAAUUUGAUGAAUCAAGCGAGGCUCAAAGUCCUCAGGGCGAGAGAUGACCUUAUCACAGACCUACUAAAUGAAGCAAAACAGAGACUCGGCAAAGUAGUAAAAGAUGCAACCAGGUACCAAGUGCUGCUGGACGGACUAGUCCUCCAGGGUUUGUACCAGUUGCUGGAGCCCCGGAUGAUUGUUCGCUGCAGGAAACAGGAUUUCCCUCUGGUGAAGGCUGCAGUGCAAAAAGCAAUCCCUGUGUACAAAGUAGCAACCAAAAGAGACGUUGAUGUCCAGAUUGAUCAGGAGGCCUACCUGCCCGAGGAAAUAGCCGGCGGUGUUGAGAUCUAUAACGGGGACCGCAAGAUCAAGGUGUCUAACACACUCGAAAGUCGGCUGGACCUCAUAGCUCAGCAGAUGAUGCCUGAAGUGCGGGGAGCCUUGUUUGGUGCAAAUACCAACAGGAAGUUUUUGGACUAA